AUGCCACGCAGGCAGAGGAGUGCUUCGGCCAAGCCGAAUGUCAUCAGUCCUUUGCCCGUGUUACUGCCGACCGCCCGGCGUCCACAGAUGAUCUUCAAGGACGUGGCCGCCGAUGCGCCGGGCGUGGCAGCAGGAUAGACUGUGGGUCAUGCGAUUGGGGCUGGGAUAACCGGGCUGUUCAGGGGACGUGGCCAGCAGCCGCACCACAGCGAUCUGGUCGAGGAGGGUCCCUGCGCCAAAGAAAUCCCGAGCAAUCUAAAUUUGAAAUGCAAUCAAAUUUUAUAG